AUGCCACUCUUGUUGCUACAGUCAGUGCUCCUAGCUGGUAGUCGUGUCUCCUCCAUUGGAACAAUCGGUCAGUCCGUGGACUUGUAUCAAAAGGCCAAGGCCCGGUUCUUCUAUGGUGAUAACCGCAUGCCGCUUGCUUCCGUCAUAUCCGCAUUGCUGCUACAGUGGUGGUCACCUACUGGACCUGAACAGUUCUCGCUUGGCAACAGUGGCUUCUGGAUGCAUAUUGCCGUCGGACUAGCACACCAGCUCGGCCUACACAGAGAACCCUCUGAAGGACCACAUCGUGGACUGCGACGACGUAUCUGGUGGACCAUAGUGACCCGAGACAUAUUGAUAUCAAUUGGCGUAGGCAGACCACGAAUGAUCAAUCUCGAGGAUAGCAACGUCUCUCCGCCCACAGCUGCCGAUUUUCAGGAGGAAAGCGAAGGAGCAGACGUCUUCAUAGCAAAUGUUAAGAUUUGCUGCAUCAUGGGUGACUUGGCAGAACGUCGAAGAAGGUCUCGAUUCACACCCCAGUAUCAACAGGCCACACAAGAAGCUCUUCGCCAAUGGCUUCAUGGCUUGCCUCCCAGGUUGAGGCUUUUUACCUUGGAUUCCGGGGCAAAAAUACCUAAUCCAUAUAAUCUUGAGUCCCGACAGAUCCAUGUCGUUUUCUUCGUCACCCUUAUCAUCCUCACGAAUGCUGAUAAUCCUCUUGCGGCCUCGGUCACAUCACUGAUUGCCUCUUCAUUUAUUGCAUCUAUGUUUGCGGAGAUGCAAGAAGCUGGUGAUCUACAACGCCUGGGUCCCAUCUUCGCGUUCCAUAGCCUUGCGGCGGCACUGCCCCUACUGUCGGCCCAAAGGCUUCGUUCGAUGUCCAGCUCGGCGGCAGCCGACUUUGACAAGAUAUACAGCGCUCUUCAAGAGCUGGCUGAAAAAUGGGGUUCAGCUCGAGGACUUCUCGAACCCCUAAUGGCAGCGAAGCAAAGGACGCGCGUUACGGCCGACUCUAGUGAUCUGCUUGGAUCUGUCUCGCCACCUUUACGGGACUUGUUUUCGGAAUUCGGUAGCAGCACGUGCUCGCUAUGGUGGCUGUUGCAAUGGGACGCGAACCAUUUGCGCGAAUUCGAUACGAAUGCCGAUGAAGUGAGGGCAGGCGACUAUUUUCGAUCGCUGCAAAGUACAGGAGAAGAAGAAGCCAGGACAUCGGCCAGUAGACAACAAGACUUUUCGAUGCCGGUUGACACUACCUGGCCUGCAAUGUCUGAAGCCGAGGAUAUGCAUCACUUGCGAGCACCAUGGGAGUUGGUUCCUCCCCAAACCUCGUGGUCAGAUGAUGACUGGAUGUUGUAA